AUGACGAGCUCCCCAACCGUUCUCAUCGUCGGCUGCGGGAUUGCAGGCCCAGUCCUCGCGGUUCUACUGCAAAAACGUGGAUAUGCGCCGAUUGUGUUUGAGAAAGUCAGCCUUCUCGGCGAAGCGGGCGCAUCCCUCCUCCUGCAGCCCAACGGCAUCAAAGUCCUCAGUCUGCUUGGCAUUGCCGAGGAAUUGGAGCAGCAAUACCAGCCUUUAACCGGACACUGGCACGGGCGAGCCGACGGGGCAGUCCUCGCUGCCUCUAAUCUCGCAGGGGAAUUCAAGCAGCGCUACGGGUACGCCGCUGUCGGGGUACGACGAUCUGAGCUUAACCUCCGUCUCAAGACGCUCUUACUGGACUCGGGGAUUGAGGUGCGCGAGGGAUGGGAACUGGAACGCAUUAAGGAAAACAAGAAGGGUGUUACGGCGGUAUUUAACGGGGGUCGGGUGGCAACGGGCUCGUUCCUGGUGGGCUGCGAUGGGAUCAAAGCUGCGACUCGGCGGAUACUGCUCUCCAGCAGCAGCAGCAGCGAGGGACCCCCCGUGUUCACAGGCUUAACACAAACAGCCGGCAUCUCGCCCACUCCAGCCAGUCUACAGCACCGCUUCAGCCACAUGUGCAACUGGUACGGCCAGGGCGUACACGUCAUCGCGUACCCGAUCUCCAAGACACUCACUUCCUGGGCCGUAACACUACCAGAUCCUAACGAACAGCCGGAGACAUGGCGACUAGCAAGCGGAGCGGAGCUGGCAACGCAGCAGAACCAGUUACGAACAGCCCUGGCAGGCUUCGAGUCCGCAGUACUGCAGCUAGUCGCAGAUGCAGAGCGGAUCAUCAAGUACGGGCUGUUCGAUCGGGAGGCGCUCGCCGCAGAGCAAUGGUAUUCUCGACGGUGUGUGGUGGUCGGCGAUGCGGCGCAUCCGACCAGUCCGCAUCUUGGGCAUGGGGCAAAUCAGGCGUUGGAAGAUUGCUUUCAUUUGCAACGGCUUUUACCUGCUCUUCAGGAUGAGCAUGUCGAGCUGAGGGAAGAUGAUUUGAUGGAGAUUUUUCGCACGUUUGCUCAACAGCGUCAACCGAGGACUUCGAUGCUGGUGAAGGAGGCGCGUCGGCAGGGCGAGCUGCGCGUGGUGCGUGGGCCGGAGAAGUGCCGGGAACGAGAUGCGCGGAUUGCAGCGGCGUGGGAGGACGCGGCAGUUUUGAUGGAGAAUUUCGAUCGGUUGUUGAAGGAGCCGUUUCAACGAUGA